ACCUCGGAUGGGUCAUGUGACCAUCCAGGAAGAGACCGAGCACCCGCGUUAGGAAACAUUGACGCUGGCUGGCCAUUGUCUGCAUCCAGGACCCGCUGGUAUAGUGACUUUACACCCUCCUGUCCCCAUCCCAGACCUGUUGGUAAAGUGACCGCAUCCCCCCCUCGACGCGCUGUUAAAGUGACAACACGCAUCCCCCCCGGACGCGCUGUUAAAGUGACCGCACGUCCGUCCCCGCUGUUAUAAUGGGCGCCCCCCCACACACACACAGGAGCUGACGCCGUCUCUCACUGCAACACUGGGACCUGCAUCCCGGGCAGAGAUUGCAGCACAGACCACAGGAAGCCUGGCCGUAUACCAGGGGAGAGGGCACAGACCUGAGUCCCCUGUCCGCCGCCGCCAGCCGCCAAGCUAAGGCUUUCCGUGGCCGGAUCAAAACUCCAGCUGGGGAAGAACAGGAGAGUACCCCAGCCUGACAGCAAAAGUUUGGUGGAAAGGAGACCAGCAGGUGGCUUCCAGGACACAUCUCCUAUAUGUAUACUGAAUACCAUCUCAAGACAUUGUCUGCAUAGGGAGACUCCCCCGAUGCAAAGAAACCACCAAACAGGCGUGACACCACAAUGUACCUCUCAGUGGCUGUGUAUUUCUCUCUGGUGGCCCUAUCUAUGGCUCCUCCACCACCCGAGAAUGGUAGACGCAGCUCUGAUAAAUUCCGACCACGUGAGAGCAUCUCCUACGAGAGCUUAGACCUUGGUAAUUAUGACCCAAGUCUGGAGAACUAUGGCGAAUCUGUUGAUUUGAACAACUAUGAAGAUCUAUACUACGAACCAGGGCCUGAGAUUGAAGUAGCUACUCUGGCUCCUAAGCGUAAAAAGACACAUGUACCAACAACCCAGGAACCUAAGAUUCCCACUGUGGCCCUGAUUGCUACAAAGCCAGUAGAACCAGGUAUCUUUGGGUCAAUGACAGAACAAGGUCUGCCAACCUGCUUAGUGUGCGUAUGUCUCGGAUCUUCUGUAUAUUGUGAUGAUGUGGACCUGACAAGUAUUCCUCCAUUACCCAAGGAGACUACUUACCUUUAUGCCCGAUUUAACAAGAUCAGUCGAAUUCAAUCCAAAGACUUUGCAGGGCUAAGCAAAUUGAAGCGUGUGGACCUCUCAAGUAACUUUCUAUCCACAAUUGAUGAUGAUGCUUUUCACCUGUUGCCCUCACUACAGGAACUUAUUCUGACUGAGAACCAGCUGAGAGGUUUACCUGAGCUGCCCUCAAGCCUAGUUAGGCUUGAUGCACAACUCAAUCAGCUGCAAAACUCUGGAAUCCGAACAGAGUCCUUCAAGGAUCUCACAAAGCUGCAGUUUUUAUACCUGUCAAACAACAAACUGGACUAUGUCCCUGUUUCUCUCCCAGUCAGCCUUCGCUCCAUUCAUCUCCAGAAUAACAACAUCCAGACAAUACAUACAGAUACUUUCUGCGACAGCCGGGAUCUCACUUUCAUCAGGCGUGUCCUGGAGGAUAUCCGACUGGAUGCAAACCCAAUAAAUCUGAGCAAAUUUGCAAAUGACUACUUCUGUCUACCUCGACUUCCCACUGGGCAAUAUUACUGAACAGAGUACUCUAUGCACCUAUCAAAUGGAACCAGAAGAAAUUAUUUGUUUUCCUAAAUAAAGUGCCAUUGGUCAUAAGGAAAACCGUUUAUGUUUUAUGACUACAAAUGUAAUGUAUUCAGUUGUCUGCAUCCAACAUUUAAAAACAUUUAACAACAAGAAUAAAUUUUCAUAACAACACAA